AUGGGCAUUGCUAGGUUCCGAUCCGCCUUUGGGCGGUCGUUAAUGACCGCGGAGCCUGUUACUCCAGUCACCGUGAGCUCUGAUGACGAAUUCAAGGGCGACCGCAAGGGUGAGCCCACCGAGACUGUUGCGACAGUCAACGUGGACAACCCAGAAGUUCCAACGGAAGGCCUUCAGCAAGGUGUCAAAGAUGUCGAGGCUGUGACGUUGAGCUGGACGAAGGGCAUGCUAAUUGCGGUCUUUGUGAACAUCUGGUUCUUGUACUUCGUCAAUGCCAUGCAGGCCACGAUCAAUUACAGCUUGAUUGGCUAUGUCACCAGUGACUUCGAUAGCCAUUCUCUACUGAACGUCAUCUAUAUUGUCGCAAACGCCAUGUCAGCCGCAACGUACAUUCCUACCGCCAAAGUUCUGGAUGUUUGGGGUCGUGCCGAAGGUUUCCUGAUCAUGGCUACGUUCGCGACUCUCGGACUGGUUCUCAUGGCUGUGUGCCACAACCUUUCGACUUUCUGUGCUGCCUACGUCUUCUACAGCGUCGGGUUCGGAGGUAUGAUAUAUUGUAUUGAUGUCAUCACCUCCGAUAUCUCUAGGCUCAAGAACCGAGCUCUGGCGUACGCUUUCACCUCCUCGCCGUAUAUGAUUACAGCUUUCGCUGGUCCUAAGGCUGCCGAGGGCUUCUACGAGAAGAUCAGCUGGCGCUGGGCCUUCGGCGCGUUCUCCAUUAUCUUCCCCGUGGUUGCCUCCCCUCUCUACUUCAUCCUGAAGAGCCAGCUCAAGAAGGCCCAAAAGACUGGAGUCCUCGUCAAAGAGCCGAGUGGCCGGACUAUCUUGCAAAGCAUUUGGUUCUAUUCCAAGGAGUUUGAUUUGCUCGGUGUCAUUCUGUUCUCCGUUGGCCUUACGGUGUUUUUGCUUCCGUUCAGCAUCGCCUCUUUUGCUCCCAAGGGCUGGGGAUCCGGCUACAUCAUCGCCAUGAUCGUGAUCGGAUUUGUGAUGCUGGCAGUGUUCCUCGCUUGGGAGCUCCUCCUGGCGCCCACACCAAUGUUCAACUUUAGUCUGCUGACUGACCGAACCGUCGUCGGUGCAUUGUGUCUGAGCGCGACUUAUCAGCUUUCCUACUAUUGCUGGAACAACUACUACACAUCCUUUUUGCAGGUUGUGAACGAUCUCUCGAUUGCUGAGGCCGGAUACGUCAGCAACACCUUCGAUGUGGUCUCAGGCUUCCUUUUGCUCGGAACUGGUUUCAUUAUUCGCAAGACAGGACGCUUCAAGUGGCUUCUCUACAUUGCGGUUCCGCUCUACAUCUUCGCCCAAGGAUUGAUGAUCUAUUUCCGUCGUCCUAAUCAAUCCGUCGGUUAUCUUGUCAUGUGCCAGAUUUUCAUCUCUAUUGGUGGAUCCGUCUUCAUCCUCAUUCAGCAACUCGCUGUCUUGGCUGCCGCCGACCAUCAGCAUGUAGCUAGUGCGCUUGCUCUCGUGUACGUUGUGGGCACUGUCGGCCAUGCCGCCGGCUCUACCAUUUGUGCUGCAAUUUGGACCAAUACAUUCUACAAAGCCCUUCUAACCAGGCUUCCGGAAUCUGCUAUCGGAAACAUCGAUGCAAUUUACUCGGACCUGGGUACUCAGAUGUCGUAUCCCGUCGGUUCUCCUGCGAGACUGGCAAUCCAGGGAGCCUAUGCUUAUUCCCAGACACGAAUGCUUGCUGUUGGUGUUGGAUUUAUGGGUCUUUGCUUCUUCUGGACUCUCCUGAUCCGCAACAUCGAUCUGAAGAAGGUUCCUCAGGUCAAGGGUACCGUGUUCUAA